AUGGGCAAGGAUAAGGUUGAGAAGAAGGAGAAGCGCUCCGAGAAGAAGGAGAAGCGUGCCGAUAAGGAUGGUGUGCACAAGGUCAAGAAGGAAAAGAAGGAAAAGAAGGACAUCGUUCUCAGCGAUGCCGUAGAGAAGCAGAUCAGCAGCCAGCUAGACCAGGAUCAAGCGUCCAAUGCAGGUGAUGCGAUGGCCGUCGACCGCCCCGUCGGCGCUCUGGUACCAUUUGCCAACCCCAUUGUGGAGGAUAAGCAGGCCAAGAAGGUUCUCAAGAGCGUGAAGAAGGCUGCUGUCAAUAAGUCUCUCAAGCGCGGUGUUAAGGAAGUUGUCAAAGCUCUCCGCAAGUCUGCCAUACCCGCUGCCAAUGCUCCCAUCGGAGUCCCCAAGGGUGUUGUCGUUCUCGCUGCCGAUAUCUCGCCCAUGGAUGUCAUCUCCCACAUUCCCGUCCUGUGCGAGGACCACGGUAUCCCCUACAUCUUUGUUACCUCUCGUGCUGAGCUUGGUGCCUCCGCUGCCACCAAGCGCCCCACCAGUGUGGUCAUGGUGGCCCCCACCGCCGGCAAGAAGGAUGCCGAUGCUGAAUUCACCAAGGUCUACGAGGAAUUGUAUAAGCUUGUGGAGAAGGAGACCGAUAAGGUGUCUGCUUAA